AUGGUUCCGAAGGGUCCCACCGACUCGGUCUCCAGUGCGGAGACCUCGACAGCAGCGCCCAAGCUGCAGCUGAGCACCCGGCGGCGCCGCCACUCGAACUGCGAUAUGCACGAGGCCGGUGGAUCUAGUGUGGCGGCGCCGAGCGUUGGCGUUGGCGUUGGCUGCGAGAAGAAGCGGCAGCUGUUCUGGCGCAAUGUGGUCAAGCAGUUCAACUUCACGGACCAAUCGGAGCGCGAGCUGCUGCUGUCGCUCACGGACGGCAUCAGCUGGAUGCACAUGCGCGUGCUGCCCCGGGACUUCGUGCGCCGCCACCGAGAGAUCUACUACCUCAUCUCGUCGCCCGAGUACGAGCGCUCGGGCGCCAUCGGCCGCGACGUCACGCGCACCUUCAGCAUCUUCGAGCGCAGCCACCAGCACCAGCUCGCGGCGCAGCAGAGCGCGCUGUUCCGCGUGCUGAACGCCAUCGCCGAGGCCGAGGACGGCUACUGCCAGGGCAUGAACUUCAUCGCCGCGCUGUUCCUCGUGGAAGGGCUGUCCGAGGCGGACGCCUACGCACUCUUCCUCUACAUGCUCAAAAAGCGCCAUCUGGCCGGGAUUUACCACCGCAGCUCCACGUUCUUGGACGAGUAUCUCCAGCACUUUGAGCAAAUGUUCAUUCGGGACCUGCCCAAGCUGCACGCCCACCUUCUGGCGCAGGGCUUCGCUAUCCCCAUUGAUACUGGGGCUUCUAGCAGCGAUAGCAGCUCAGCCGAGGGCGAGGAAGAAUCGAUCUCAUCGCUGGGAGGGUUCGGACUGCAUCGGACGCUGCCCCCGGAGAUGGCCGAGGCCGUCCGGUCAGGUAACGGGUCGCUGGUGCGCCGAUUGUGGGAAGCUCACGUGAUUCGUCGCCACUACAGUGCCACCGCGAGCGUCGUCCUGGCAAACGAGAUCCUUCACUACGCUAUCUGGUAUGGGCGUGUAUCCGUUGCGUGUCUGGCGAUCGAUCGCUGCCAUGCCGACGUCGACAAUCGAGACGAUGCCGGUCUUACGCCGCUGCAUUUUAGUGUAAUUCGAAACCAGCCCGACAUGGAGACCAGCAUGCGGAGGUACUCGCCGCUGGAGUUGGCACAUCGCUGGAAGCGGCGUGACACGACGGCGGCGCGACUUGUAUUAGAAAAAGAAGAGGUG